CCACUCUCUCUCUCGACAACAUUCCUUUACCUACAUCCCUUAUAGCAUAGCACUUGCUGUGCAUCCACUCCUUCACACACUACAGCAGCACACAGUCCACUACACCGGACGAACACUCGGCGAUACAGUGCCAGAAGCGUAACAUUCACGCCAAAACACCUUCCAACACAUACUCUGUACAUCAACAAACACCAUGAGGACCUCGCUCGCCGCACUCGCGCUGGCCGCCGUGCCCUCGGUCUUCGCCGUCGAGAAGGGUCUGCACGGUUUCGCUCUCGGAACCAAAAAGUCGGACGGAACGUGCAAGUACACUGCAGACUACGAGGCGGACUUCGACGCGAUCAAGGAUGCCUCAGGGUCGAGCAUUGUCCGUGGCUACUCUGCCUCCGACUGCAACUGCGCUCAACAAAUCCUGCCAGCAGCCAAGAACAAGGGCUUCAAGGUCGUUCUGGGCGUGUGGCCCGAUGUUGAAGAGAGCUUCAAUGCCGAUAAGGAGGCCUUGACCACCUAUGCCACGCAGUACAAGGAGCAGGUGUAUGCUAUUACUGUUGGCUCCGAGACACUCUACCGCGGGAACUUCACUGGAGAGCAGCUUUUGGAAAAGAUUAUGGACGUCAAGACUGCUCUCGGCGGAGAUGUCAAAGUCGGCACUGCAGAUUCGUGGAACAAGUGGGCAGAUGGAACCGGCGAUGCCGUGAUCAAGGGCGGCGUCGACAUCAUCAUGGCCAACGGCUUCUCCUACUGGCAAGGCGCUUCAGCCGGCGACAAGGCAAAAGAGACCUACCUUGAUGAUCUUCAGCAAGCACUCGGUCACAUUCAACAGGUGUCGGGUUCACUCAACAAGGUUGAGUUCUGGAAUGGUGAGACCGGCUGGCCUACGGAUGGAGGUUCGGAUUACGCUGCGGCCAAAGCCGGCACCUCGAACGCCGACUCCUUCUACCACCAGGGCUUCUGCGCGGCGCUUGAUUGGGGUAUCAACGCCUUCUUCUUCGAGGCGUUCGAUGAGCCAUGGAAGCCAGAGUCUGUCGGCGACAACGGACAGGCCAAGGACGAGACUCGCUGGGGUGCAAUGACCGCUGAUCGCACAGCCAAGUUCAACCUCCAUUGUGAUUAAAAAGGAACCACGUGGACUCCUCGAGUCACAUCUGAUCAUUUCACUUCUCUGCAUUUGGGCGCCACUGACUGGAGGGGUAUUGGGGUUCUAAAAUAUGGUGUUUCUGAGGUGAUUUUAUUGUAUCAGCUCUGCGCUAUUUUCACAGGCAUAUAUGAGGAUAAUAGCAUAUGGCUAAUUGUUGACUUUCCAAAAUGAUACUAAUGUCCCCU